UUUACCCCCUUAUGGCACCGAUAAACGCCUCCGCUCCCUCGCUCCCUCCGUCCCCUCGGCUUCGCGCCGAAGCAGGUGGUGGCGGCGCGGUGACCACCACCGCCCAGACUCCUCCUCAGAGCCCGGCGGCUUCUCGCGUCAAGCGUUGCGGCUCCCGUCUGAUCCCUACCAACCCGUCCCUAUGGCGUUCUGGGGGGUGGAGGUGAAGCCUGGGAAACCCUACACCCACAGCUACCAGGCCUCCCAUGGCCGACUCCGCAUUUGCCAGGCUGCACUGGGCAAUUGUGAUGCUGCUGGAAGGACGGUGCUGCAAUGUAAUGUUGGCAACAAGAUCCCCAUCAAACUUUGUAGUUUAAAUCCAAAAUUGGCUGAGAUGUGCCAUCUAGAGAUCGAGUUAGAGGAGGUCGAUGAUGUCGUGUUCUCAGUAAUUGGUCAGAGUUCCAUUCAUCUAUCUGGAUAUUAUGUCAGGGCAAGCAGCAGAUCUAAUGUGGGAGAUGAUGAAUCAGAAUCUUAUGGGGAAGAUAUUGGACAGUCGGACACUGAUGAGGAGCAUGAUGCCAGUGAGGACAGCUAUGAGUCUGAUUUUAUUGAUGAUCGUGAUGUUCCAGUACCUGAGGACAACUAUGGGUCUGACACCAUGGAUGAUGGUGAUGUCAAGGGCUCCUCUCCACGCCACCACAAACAAGAAGCUUUUGAAAAACCGACUAGUAAGGUUGAAAGACGGCGGCGCUUAAAGAAGUACCAAGUAGAUAGCACUGAUGAUGACUCUUCAUUCAAGCCUGCUGUCAAGCGCAAUGCUCCUUCAAUAUUUGAUAGUGGCAGUGAUGAUGAUGAUGAUAAUGUGCCUAUAUCUGUUGCAUUGGCUAAGAAAGACAGCAAUAAGGUUGCUGACGAAGUCGAACCCCCAAAUGUAGAGGCAAAAGAUAAGACCAGAAAGAAGAGUAGCGAUGCGAGGAAAAGAAAAAGUUCUGCCAUCAGCCUGGACACUGCAUCGCCAAUGGAUAUAACAGAUGCUAAUGCAUCAUCGGUUUCAAAAAAAGGUGCUGAAAUUAAAAAGAAAUUGAAGAAAAGGUUGAGAAAUCAAUUAGAGGCAGAAGGCGAAAAACAAUCCAAGAUAAGAACAUUGGAAGAUGGGUUGAUUGUAGAAGAUCUGUCAACAGGAAACCUGGAUGCAAAAAUGGCUUCUAGUGGCAGCAAGGUCUAUAUCAAGUAUGUUGGUAAGCUAAAGGAUGGGAAAAUUGUUGAAUCUAAUGUCAAUGAAAAGCCUUACAAGUUCAAGCUUGGUGCUGGGAAAGUAAUUCGUGGAUGGGAUCUCGGUAUUUGUGGUAUGCGUGUUGGGGAGAAAAGAAGGCUCACCAUCCCAGCAUCUUUGUGCUAUGGCGAUAAAUCAGUGGGGAAAGUACCCAAUAAUUCUUCAAUCAUCUAUGAAAUUGAGUUAGUGAAAGUGAAGUAGAGAAGAAUACAUCGCAGGCUUCUGCAUGUGCCCAAUGCCAAUAGCUGCAACAGGAGUACAUGGGUUUUGUUGAACUAGAGAUGACGCAUGUUCGUACUGCUUUGUUUCACAUAGGUGAUGGUACAUCUAAAAUUUUGUUUCCCUCUGGCAGAGGAAUUACUCUACACCUCUCGUAGGUUGAGAUCUGUGGUCAGACUGCUACGACAUUUGCCGCUGGAACACAAUAGAAGCUUCCAUGUGCUAUCAAAUGUCAAGUUUCUGUUUUGCUUAUGUUGAAGGUGACCAAGAAUAUUUAGCAUGCACUUGGUCCAGUUAAUUGCUGCAUCACUUUGUAAACUGAGUACGCUCGCUGACGUACUACUAUGGUCCAGUUUUCAUUUCUUUGUGAUUA